CCUGGUUUUAGAACCUGGUAAAAUGCUUGGGCAAGGUUCUAGGAACCGUGUCUUUCUCAUGAAAAAAUGGCCAUCCCUAGAACAUAAGAGUGUUUCUGCAAGGAUAUCAAAAAAUGGAGAAGCCAUUGGAGAAGAUGUUUCCAUGCUGAUAAAAAUAAACAGAAGUUUACCAUAUCACCGAGGUAUACUACCAGUGUUAGGUGUUGCUUUAGGGUCAGUAGACGGACUCACAUCCACCGUUGUGAUCACACCGAAAAUAAAGUGGAAUCUGUGGACGACAAUGGCUGACAGUAGCCUUGCUAAACAGUCUCUCUCAAAACGGCUUCAGAUGGGUGAACAAAUAGCAGAUGGAUGCGAGUUUCUUUUGAAACAUGGAUUCCCGAUAUCUGACCUCCGUGUGACAAACAUACUUGUGUCCCCCAAGGAGCCGAACAGAAAAAACUGGACUCUUAUAAUCAAUAUGUUGAAACCUAGGGAUGACAGUGUACUUUAUCCUGAUGAUAAAUUACCCUUUCACAUCGCACCAGAACGCUAUGGAUUUCCCAAGCGCAGUCGACGACGCAGCAGUGUUACAGACCACAAAGACAUACAGCUAAAUGGUCGACACCUUCAACGCAGUGCAAGUACAGACAGCCAAUUAAGUGAACGGCGUGCUCGACGUAGUUUUGUUGAUGCUGACUGUGGAGAUGACCCAGCUAACGUGUAUGCGUUUGGAAUUUUGUUAUGGUUGCUAGUACGUGGCACUUUUGUGCGGCCUUCCUAUGCAGAAAACACGGACAUAGAUGCCAUGAAAACAGCUGUCUGCAUUGAGCAAAAACGUCCCGAGCUUGACUGGCUUGAGGCCAAGAGCGAUAAUUUAAAUCAUAAAGGCCUAGCUGAUUUGCUUAAAAUGUGUUGGUCUGAAAAUUCAAGCGAACGGCCCUCGUGGACUGAGGUAUCUUACCGUUUAGCGACAGUCAGAAAUUCAAUUUCCAGAAGGUCGACAAGAGUAACAUCAGUAUAGUUACUGAGAUCGGUACAGAUGGUUUAAAUAAUGUGUAACAUUUCAUGAUAAGCAGUGCACGUGAGAUUCAUUAAAAUACUUCGUACGUAUUCAGUAGAUAUCACAGCAUAUGUAUAUAAUAAUGCCAAAUAUGGUCAUGCAAUUGCCAAGCUAUAACAUUACGUAUAUACACUAAGUAUGUAUACAAGUUUACACAUUUCAAAUAUUAUAUGAAAGUUAAUGUUAUAGGAUAUAGUAGAUAGUAGAUAGAGUAUAUGAAAGUAUAGAAAGAUCUCGAAUAUUAGGAUUACCAAAUUCAAUACUUGAUGCGCGAUUCGAAUUCAUCCUUACAAUGACAGUGAGGGUCAAGGGGCAAGGGAAAAUCACCACUACAUGCAACACCAUGUGUUUUGAGGUAUCUGUUUUAUACCUUGUUAGAUACGAACAAGUUCGUUCCCUCAGACUCGUGUUUUUAACAACUGUUUAUGGUUUAUAAUGUUUAUAAUCCAGUGAAUAAAUGUGACUGCUGAUAUUUAAAGUUUAAUCAACAUUGUUACCACCAACCAAGGUCCGGAGAGAUAUGAUCAUUGGCUCAACGUAUAAUGACAAAAUGCAUUCAAUGUUGAAGAAGCAUGAUCUGUGUAUUUUGUCUAUUUUGUCGUAUUUUUAUCGAUGCCAAACAGAGUUAAAACGGCAUUCGUGUUAGCAAAUGAUCAUCAUAUUAGGCUGUUCAUGUUAUGAAUAUGCGAAAAGUUUCUAAACAACAAAGAAAAUAAAUG